AUGCAGCAGGAGGGCAUCCAGGAGACGGUGCAGCAGGCAGCGGGGCCCGCUGUGCAGCAGGCGGUACAGCAGGAGCUGCCGCAGCAAGGGCUGCAGCAGGGGCAGCAGGGGCUGCAGCAGGGGCAGCAGGGGCUGCAGCAGGGGCAGCAGGAGCUGCAGCAGGGGCAGCAGGAGCUGCGGCAGGGGCAGCAGGAGCUGCAGCAGGGGCAGCAGGAGCUGCGGCAGAUGCUAGUCGGCGCCCACAACCUUGCUGCUCGGGUGCACAACCGCGAUGCGCGCGAGGACGGCCCGCUGCAGCCGCUGCGCAAUGACUGGACUCAUGCCCAGGUCGACACCCUGGCCGAGUUUUACGGUGUAGACUUUGGGCAGCAAGGAAGCAUGCUGCUGCCCAACCGCAAGUCCCUCGUAAAAGCAUUUAUCAAGGGGCCGUGA